CACUGGGAACACAUUUAAGAUUGAACCAGUCCUGGGCAUCAUUACCGUUUCCAAAGAACCAGACAUGAUGACAACGGGUCAGUUUGUCCUGUCAGUCAAAGUCACGGAUCAGGGUUCCCCGCCAAUGUCUGCCACUGCAAUUGUGCGCAUUUCUGUUACCAUGUCUGAUAAUUCUCACCCCAAGUUCACUCACAAGGACUACCAAGCAGAAGUAAAUGAAAAUGUUGAUGUUGGAACAUCAGUCAUUCUAAUCUCUGCCAUCAGUCAGUCUACCCUCAUUUACGAAGUCAAGGAUGGAAACAUUGAUGGGAUAUUUACCAUAAAUCCGUAUUCUGGUGUUGUCACCACCCGGAAGGCACUGGAUUACGAGCGUACUUCCUCCUAUCAGCUCAUCGUUCAGGCCACUAACAUGGCAGGUAUGGCUUCCAAUGCCACAGUCAACAUUCAGAUUGUUGAUGAAAACGAUAAUGCCCCAGUUUUUCUCUUUUCUCAAUAUUCGGGCAGCCUGAGCGAGGCUGCCCCAGUCAAUAGCAUCGUCAGGAGCUUGGAUAACAGCCCACUGGUGAUUCGAGCCACUGAUGCCGACAGCAACCGGAAUGCUCUGCUGGUGUAUCAGAUUGUGGAGUCUACAGCCAAGAAGUUCUUCACAGUGGACUCCAGUACCGGUGCAAUCAGAACAAUUGCCAACCUGGACCAUGAAACUAUUGCCCAUUUCCAUUUCCACGUCCAUGUGAGAGACAGCGGCAUCCCCCAGCUGACGGCAGAGAGUCCCGUUGAAGUCAACAUAGAGGUGACGGAUGUUAAUGAUAACCCGCCUGUUUUCACCCAGGCCGUGUUUGAGACUGUCUUACUUCUACCCACCUAUGUUGGAGUGGAGGUUCUGAGAGUUAGUGCCACAGAUCCUGACUCCGAGGUGCCCCCGGAACUGACAUAUAGCCUAAUGGAAGGCAGCUUGGAUCAUUUCUUAAUUGACUCAAAUAGUGGAGUGCUUACCAUAAAAAACAAUAACCUCUCCAAAGAUCACUACAUGUUGAUAGCUAAAGUGUCCGAUGGAAAGUUCUACAGUACGUCCAUGGUCACCAUCCUGGUUAAAGAAGCUAUGGAUAGCGGCCUCCACUUUACCCAAAGCUUUUACUCGACCUCGAUCUCAGAGAACAACACUAACAUAACCAAAGUUGCUAUUGUCAAUGCCAUUGGAAAUCGCCUUAAUGAGCCCUUAAAAUACAGCAUCUUAAACCCAGGAAAUAAGUUCAAGAUAAAAUCUACCUCAGGGGUCAUUCAGACCACUGGAGUCCCCUUUGACCGUGAAGAACAAGAGUUAUACGAGCUCGUGGUGGAAGCCAGCCGUGAGCUGGACCAUCUGCGUGUGGCUAGAGUGGUGGUCAGAGUUAACAUUGAAGACAUAAAUGACAAUUCUCCAGUCUUUGUGGGCCUCCCUUACUAUGCUGCUGUGCAAGUUGAUGCUGAACCCGGGACGCUGAUUUACCAGGUGACAGCCAUUGACAAAGAUAAAGGUGCAAAUGGAGAAGUGACCUACGUCCUACAGGAUGACUAUGGCCAUUUUGAGAUUAACCCUAAUUCAGGGAAUGUUAUUUUAAAAGAAACAUUCAACUCUGACUUGUCCAACAUUGAGUAUGGAGUCACCGUCCUAGCCAAAGAUGGUGGAAAACCCUCUCUAUCCACAUCUGUAGAACUUCCCAUCACAAUUGUCAACAAAGCAAUGCCCGUGUUUGAUAAGCCCUUUUAUACAGCAUCGGUCAACGAAGACAUCAGAAUGGAUACCCCCAUUCUAAGCAUCAAUGCCACCAGUCCAGAAGGCCAAGGCAUCAUAUAUAUCAUUAUUGAUGGGGAUCUUUAUAAACAGUUUAACAUUGACUUUGACACUGGGGUCCUGAAAGUCGUUAGCCCUUUGGAUUAUGAAAUUACCUCUGUUUACAAGUUGACAGUAAGAGCCAGUGAUGCCCUUACUGGUGCCAGGGCUGAAGUCACCGUUGACUUACUAGUUAAUGAUGUAAAUGACAACCCUCCUAUUUUCGAUCAACCCACAUACAAUACAACAUUAUCAGAAGCAUCUCUCAUUGGGACUCCUGUUUUGCAAGUUGUCUCUACCGAUGCAGACUCGGAAAACAGUAAAUUGGUGCAUUAUCAGAUUGUCCAGGAUACUUACAACAGCACAGAUUAUUUUCACAUAGACAGUGCAAGUGGCUUGAUCCUGACGGCGCGGAUGCUGGACCACGAGUUAGUGCAACACUGCAUUUUGAAAGUCAGAGCAACAGAUAAUGGCUUCCCAUCACUGAGCAGUGAGGUCCUGGUUCAUAUCUAUAUCUCGGACAUAAAUGACAACCCUCCCGUUUUUAAUCAGCUCAUUUAUGAAUCAUAUGUGAGUGAAUUAGCCCCCCGGGGUCAUUUUGUAACCUGCGUUCAAGCCUCUGAUGCAGACAGCUCUGAUUUUGACCGCUUGGAAUAUAGCAUUUUAUCUGGGAAUGACCGGACAAGCUUUCUGAUGGACAGCAAGAGCGGCGUCAUCACCCUGUCCAACCACCGGAAGCAGCGGAUGGAGCCUCUGUACAGUCUCAAUGUGUCAGUCUCUGAUGGGUUGUUCACUAGCACCGCACAGGUGCAUAUCAGGGUACUCGGGGCUAACCUGUACAGCCCUGCCUUUUCCCAAAGCACCUACGUAGCUGAGGUGAGAGAGAACGCAGCUGCUGGGACAAAGGUCAUUCACGUUCGAGCCACAGAUGGGGAUCCCGGGACAUAUGGACAGAUCAGCUAUGCCAUCAUCAAUGACUUUGCCAAGGAUCGAUUCCUCAUAGACAGCAAUGGACAAGUCAUCACAACGGAAAGGCUUGACCGGGAAAACCCUCUGGAGGGAGACAUUAGUAUUUUUUUGAGGGCCCUCGAUGGCGGAGGGAGAACGACUUUUUGCACCGUGAGAGUGAUUGUUGUGGAUGAAAAUGACAAUGCUCCCCAGUUCAUGACAGUGGAAUACAGAGCCAGUGUCAGGGCAGACGUUGGAAGGGGCCACUUGGUCACUCAGGUUCAAGCCAUGGAUCCAGAUGAUGGAGCAAACUCAAGGAUUACUUAUUCUCUGUAUAGCGAGGCCUCGGUCUCAGUGGCUGACCUCCUAGAAAUCGAUCCUGACAAUGGCUGGAUGGUCACUAAGGGCAAUUUUAACCAACUGAAAAACACAGUGCUGUCAUUCUUUGUCAAAGCAGUGGAUGGGGGCAUUCCAGUAAAGCACUCACUCAUUCCUGUCUAUAUUCAUGUCCUGCCCCCUGAAACAUUCUUGCCUUCAUUCACCCAGUCUCAGUAUUCUUUCACUGUUUCAGAAGAUACAGCCAUUGGGAGCACAGUGGACACCCUGAGGAUUUUGCCCAGUCAGAAUGUCAGGUUCAGCACAGUUAAUGGGGACCGGCCAGAAAAUAACAAAGGGGGUGUCUUCAUCAUAGAGCAGGAAACAGGCACAAUCAAACUUGACAAACGCCUCGAUCAUGAAGUCAGCCCAGCAUUCCACUUUAAAGUAGCAGCCACUAUACCCCUGGACAAGGUAGACAUUGUGUUUACCGUGGAUGUAGAUAUCAAGGUACUGGACUUGAAUGACAACAAGCCAGUCUUUGAAACUUCCAGCUAUGAGACGAUCAUAAUGGAAGGGAUGCCUGUGGGCACCAAACUCACACAGGUGAGAGCCAUCGACAUAGAUUGGGGAGCGAAUGGGCAGGUCACUUACUCCCUGCACUCGGAUUCCCAGCCUGAAAAGGUAAUGGAAGCCUUCAACAUUGACAGCAAUACAGGCUGGAUCAGUACCUUGAAGGACCUGGAUCACGAGACAGAUCCCACCUUCACCUUCUCUGUGGUGGCCUCCGACCUCGGAGAGGCCUUCUCUCUUUCGUCCACGGCUUUGGUCUCUGUCAGGGUGACAGAUAUAAACGACAAUGCACCAGUCUUUGCCCACGAGGUGUAUCGAGGGAAUGUGAAAGAGAGUGACCCUCCUGGCGAGGUGGUAGCUGUCCUCAGCACGUGGGACAGAGACACUUCCGACAUUAAUCGCCAAGUGAGCUACCACAUUACGGGAGGGAACCCCCGAGGAAGGUUUGCCCUGGGCCUGGUGCAGAGUGAAUGGAAGGUCUAUGUGAAGAGACCUUUAGAUAGAGAAGAACAAGACAUUUACUUCCUCAAUAUCACUGCCACCGAUGGGCUUUUUGUCACACAGGCCAUGGUGGAAGUGACCGUCAGUGAUGUGAAUGACAAUAGCCCAGUGUGUGACCAGGUUGCAUAUGCAGCAUUAUUUCCCGAAGACAUUCCAUCAAAUAAAAUCAUCUUGAAAGUCGGUGCCAAGGAUGCCGACAUUGGAUCCAAUGGAGAUAUACGAUACUCACUCUACGGAUCUGGAAACGAUGAAUUUUUUCUAGAUCCAGAAAGUGGUGAGUUAAAAACUUUGGCUCUUUUGGACCGGGAAAGGGUCCCUAUGUACAGCCUGAUUGCCAGGGCCACUGACGGAGGUGGCAAGUUCUGCCAAUCUGACAUCCACCUGAUCCUGGAGGACGUGAACGAUAACCCGCCUGUGUUUUCUUCCGACCACUACAAUGCCUGUGUCUAUGAGAACACAGCCACCAAGGCUCUGUUGACCAGAGUUCAAGCUGUGGAUCCUGAUGUUGGCAUCAACAGGAAGGUGGUGUACUCCCUGGCUGACUCUGCCGACGGGUUCUUCUCCAUCGACAGCUCAUCGGGCAUCAUCAGCCUGGAGCAGCCACUGGACCGAGAACAGCGGCCCUCCUACAACAUCAGCGUCCAGGCCACUGACCAGAGCCCCGGUCAGGCUCUGUCCUCUCUUGCCACGGUCACCAUCACCGUCCUGGACAUUAACGACAACCCCCCUGUGUUCGAGAGGAGGGACUACCUGGUGACCGUGCCUGAGGACACCUCCCCGGGCACCCAAGUGCUCACUGUUUUUGCCACCAGCAAAGAUAUCGGCACGAACGCUGAGAUUACGUAUCUCAUCCGGUCUGGGAAUGAACAAGGGCGAUUUAGAAUCAACCCAAAGACAGGGGGUAUUUCUGUCUCUGAGGUCCUGGACUAUGAAUUAUGCAAAAAGUUUUUCCUGGUGGUGGAAGCCAAAGACGGGGGCACACCCACUCUCAGUGCCGUGACUACCGUCAGCAUCAACCUCACCGAUGUGAACGACAACCCGCCCAGGUUCAGCCAGGACGUCUACAGUGCUGUCAUCAGUGAAGAUGCCUUGGUCGGAGACUCUGUCAUCUUGCUAGUAGCAGAAGAUGCAGAUAGCCAGCCCAAUGGACAGAUUCGUUUUUCCAUUGUGAAUGGAGAUCGGGACAAUGAAUUUGCUGUGGAGCCUGUCCUAGGACUUGUAAAGGUUAAGAAGAAGUUAGACCGGGAACGGGUGUCUGGAUACUCCCUGCUGGUCCAGGCAGUAGACAGCGGCAUUCCUGCGAUGUCGUCGACGGCCACUGUCAACAUUGACAUUUCGGACGUGAACGACAACAGCCCAGUCUUUACGCCUGCUAACUAUACCGCUGUGAUCCAGGAAAACAAGCCAGUAGGCACCAGCAUCUUGCAGCUGGUGGUGACAGACAGAGACUCCUUCCACAAUGGGCCUCCUUUCUCCUUCUCAAUUUUGUCGGGAAACGAAGAGGAGGAGUUCGUCUUGGACCUGCAUGGGAUCCUGCGGUCCGCCGUGGUCUUCAGGCACACGGAGUCCCCGGAGUACGUGCUGUGUGUCCAGGCAAAAGACUCGGGCAAACCCCAGCAGGUCUCUCACUCCUACAUCCACGUGCGGGUCAUCGAGGAAAGUAUCCACAAGCCCACGGCCAUCCCCCUGGAGAUUUACAUUGUCACCAUGGAGGACGAUUUUCCCGGGGGGGUCAUUGGGAAGAUCCAUGCCACAGAUCAAGACAUGUAUGACGUGCUCACGUUUGCCCUGAAAUCGGAGCAGAAAAGCUUGUUCAAAGUGAACAGUCAUGACGGGAAGAUCAUCGCCCUGGGGGGCCUGGACAGCGGCAAGUACGUGCUGAACGUGUCCGUGAGCGAUGGCCGCUUCCAGGUGCCCAUCGAUGUGGUCGUGCACGUGGAGCAGCUGGUGCAUGAGAUGCUGCAGAACACCGUCACCAUCCGCUUUGAGAACGUGUCCCCUGAGGACUUCGUGGGGCUGCACAUGCAUGGCUUCCGGCGCACCCUGCGCAACGCUGUGCUCACCCAGAAGCAGGACACCCUGCGCAUCAUCAGCAUCCAGCCCGUGGCGGGGACCAACCAGCUGGACAUGCUGUUUGCCGUGGAAAUGCACAGCAGUGAGUUCUACAAGCCAGCCUACCUGAUCCAGAAGCUGUCCAAUGCCAGGAGACAUCUGGAGAACGUCAUGCGCAUCUCAGCCAUCCUGGAGAAAAACUGCUCGGGGCUGGACUGUCAGGAGCAGCACUGCGAGCAGGGCUUGUCCCUGGAUUCCCAUGCACUCCUGACCUACAGCACAGCGCGCAUCAGCUUCGUGUGCCCGCGUUUCUACAGGAACGUGCGCUGCACCUGUAACGGUGAGUCUGCGUUUAUUAGGCACAACCCAAAGAGGAAUGUGAAUCCCCACUGCUGGGGGUUCAAAAUAUACUGCGUUUGGACCACUCAAAAACCAGUUUCUAUAGGAAUGAAUAAUCACUCAGAAGUUCUCCAGACAGACAGGAGCUGACACAUUGUUUUGUCACUUUUCAUGGUUACCAGUCAUUCCAAAGAAAAAGACAUAUAGCUACAUUAGCAAUAGGGAAGGUGAAGAGAUAUACAAAGUAUGUUUCCAGUGAUGUGUAUGGCAAAUAAAAAUA